AUGGAAAUUUUCAUCCUGGAGCAACUGCGAGGCUUGGAUGCAGAUAGGUGCAACACUGUGGAAUGGAACGACUUUUUCGUCGACGGUAACCACAUCUGCUUAAAUUUUGAACUCCUCAAUCAAAGCCUGUGGGAGUACAUGCAGGACUGGAAUAACCAGGGUCUCCCAAUAAGUGAAUUGAGGCCAGUGUUACAUCAGCUCACAAAUGCUCUGUCCCACCUGGGUUCUUUGGGAAUAGUGCAUGCUGACCUCAAACCUGGAAACAUAAUGAUUGUGGACCGCGAUGAAUGUCCCAUCAAAGUCAAACUUAUAGACUUUGGCCUCGCAUUUCCUGCGUCUACAGUGAUUCCUGCCUUUCUCCUGGAAACCAUCACCCAGGCUUGUGAUGUAUCCUACUAUGCGUAUGUUCCUGACAGCCUGCAGUGGAACAGUGCUGGAGAAAUGUGUAAGCAGCGCUCUGGGGCGUUAGCUACUGUCUCCAACGCAGAAGAAAACCGGGAGCUUACCAAAUUUUUAAAAUCCUUGAACAUCUCUCAGUCUGUGUGGAUUGCCAAGAAAGUCAUAACACGCAUCACAACGUCCUCCAAGACCCUCAUUCUAAAUUUCACUGGGCGCUCUAACAGGAAGCAUGCCCGUCUUCUGUACAGCUUCUCCUCCAUGGGAUCAUUGACUGUUUGCACCCUUCUGCGCUUCAAUCCGCACUGCUCUGGACGUUCCACAGUCUUUUCUUAUUCCAUUCCGUCAUAUAUUAAUGAGUUCCAGCUCCGUGCAAACCUGAACCAGGGCAAGCCUGUGCAGCUGGCUCUGCUCGUCCAUGGCAUUCACGGGCCUUACCAUGACGCCUUCAACUAUGAUGACUCCUGGCACUCUGUCUGCGUUUCUUGGAGCCAGAAUGGUGGACGCUGGGCAAUAUAUGCUCAUGGUCACGUUGUGUCUGCGGCUGAAGGCCUAAACAGUACGGACAGCAUUGGACCUGAUGGCCUUUUCAUUAUCGGGCAGGAGCAGGACACCUUUGGGGGGUCAUUUAAGAGUGACGAAUCAUUCUCGGGGAGCAUAACAGAACUCCACAUUUGGAAUCGGGUACUGAACAGCAGCGAAAUUUCCAGCAUGGAAAAGAAGUGCUCACUUGUUUCCUCUGGGCUGGUGUUCAAGUGGAGCGAAGCAGCAAUGGAAAUAGAGACCUCCCUUACAAAGCAGUGGAGUGACAGCCCAUGUCAAGAGAGCCAGAGAACCGAUGAAGAGUGCGGCAUUUUUGACCCCGUCACGGAGCAUUCCCGCCUAGCCAAAUGCAACUCCUCCAGAGGAGCUGUCUGUCAGUGUAGGCGAGAGAAGCUGGGUGUUUUCAGUUUACCAAAGACACCCUUCUUCAGGAGGCUGAACAAGGAUCUCAUCAAUAAACCUGUAACAGGGGGGGUGGGUGCUAACAGCUCCUGGGACAAAUUGACCUUGCUGCAGCAGCUGACCCAAGCUGUCCUACAUAAAAUAGAGGCAAGUGGCCCGCUCCUCCUGACCGCCAACGAUGUUCUCUACCUCUCUCAGAUGAUGGACGUAACUCCACCAGCUAGAUUUCACUCCGCCGGAGAUAAUGCCACAGAGGUCAUGGUGUCCAUUGCCACCAACUAUCUAAAUAUUGCGAGUCUGAUCCUGGAGCCACGCAUGGCUUCACAGUGGAUGGGCCUGACGGAUGAUGGGGUCAACAUUGGCCCAUUUACGCUUGUCAAGACCAUUGAUAAGUUCACUGAAGCUUUUGCAGAGAUGCUUUGUACUAAGGGAAGAAGCUUGAGUCUUUCUACCAAGAAUAUAGAUGUGUACAUGAAGUGGCAGAAGCUGUCCCAGGAGAGCUGUAAUCAAGUCUACAAGCCAUCUGCGUUUGGCUCUCACAAGCCCAGCAGCAGUAGCCACGAUGAGUUACUCAUUCCUGAGACCGAGCUCCAGAGGAUACACACACUAGGAUAUGAGGAGGUGAUAUUUAUUCAUACCCAUUACAACCAGCUCAGUGACAUUGUAUCAGGAACAAAGGAGUCUGCACUGAGUGACCAAGAGAAAGUGAAAAGAACUCUCCCAGGAGAUCUAGCAUCGGCUAUCAUAUCAGCCACGGUCCGCCAUGCCUUGAACCCCGAAACCAUACCUGUUGCUGUCAAGUACACCCUUUCAUCAUCACAGGUGGUGGAGUAUUCAAAGAGAGUUAUUCCUGUUUGUGCUUUCUGGAAUUUCAGCCUGACGCACACGAAUACCAGUAGCUGGUCCAGUGAAGGCUGCACAGUGAUCCUUGAUGGUUCUAAUGUCACGUCCUGUUUGUGUAACCAUACAACAAACUUUGCAGUGCUGAUGAAUUACCUCGAAUCACAGUGGAGUCCAGAGGAAGAGCUUAUUUUGACCAAGCUGACAUUCAUUGGCUGUGGCGCAUCUCUGUGUGCUCUGGUGGUGACCUUGAUGCUGUUCACUGUGCUGGAUAUCCCCAAAUCCGACAGGACAUCCAUUCACAAGAACCUGUUCGUUGCCCUUAUCUGUGCCCAGGUGAUUCUGCUGUGCAGCGGCUCAGCCAUUCACAACAAGGUGGCUUGUACGCUUGUGGCGGCGCUGCUCCAUCUCUUCUUCAUGGCGGCAUUUAGCUGGAUGCUGGUGGAGGGUCUGCUGCUCUGGAGCAAGGUGGUUGCAGUCAACCUAAGCGAGGAGCAACAUAUGAAAUAUUACUAUCUCAUCGGCUGGGGUCUGCCUGUGCUGAUAGUCACCAUCACACUAGCGUCAGCCCCGAGCAAGUACUCGGCUGAUGACUACUGCUGGCUCAGUCUGCAGAAUGGCAUUAUUUGGGGUUUUGCUGGGCCUGUCAUCUUCAUCAUCAUGGUGAACAUAUUGGUAUUAACCAGGGUUGUGGUCAUCACAAUCUCCACAGCCAAGAGAAGGUCCAUCAUGUUGGCCAUGGGAGCCAGUCCCGUGGAGCAAGCGUAUGAACAGAUCAGGGCUGCAGUGAAAGCAGUGUUGGUGUUGCUGCCCAUCCUUGGACUGACGUGGCUGUGCGGUGUUUUGGUACCUCUAUCCAUUGUAAUGGCCUACGUCUUCAUCCUCCUAAACUCCCUACAGGGCCUGUUCAUCUUUCUGAUAUAUGGGGUGUACAACACAGAGGUUCGAAGCACGGUCAACAGGAUCAAGGAGAGGAGAAAAGCGCUUAAUUUUUCAAACUGUGCCAGUUCCCGACCAUCCAGUUCAGUUACCAACUCUCGUCCUGUCAGUUUCCCACUUGGAACAACUCCAAGCCAGGAAGAGGAAGGCUAUGCUUGCAGCACCACGCUAGGCCCGGCAAUGCAGGAAGAGAACAGCCAAGGUGAGCUCUGACUCCAGCCUCUGCAAUGUUCUGAAGACAGUUAAGCUUUACAGCUGCAAACUUUGACCCCCACAGAUGAGAAAGAGCUGCCUGCUUCAGAAGUGAAUGCCUUGCCACCUGGCUGCAGUCUUCAUGUUCCCAUGGACCUUGAGUUUUCAGCUUCCUGUUUCCCCCGCAGCCCUACACCUCAGAAAAGCUAUGAUCUUGUUCACAUAGACUGA